UAAAAAUUCCUCUUGUUAAACAACCUUUGCCAUUUGCAUUUCCUCUGCAAGAGAGCGAAAUGUGGAGUAGAUUUUGGGCGCAGCUUGGAAGGAUAAACCCACCGUAUUCCUCCGCUUUCCAGCAAAACUAUAUCGCCGCCGCCACAUCAGCCAAUACCCAUCUUUCGACUGCCACGUCUCGUUACCCGCUAGCUCUCUUCUCGAUACCCUCCACCAUCGCCUCUGGAAAUGUCGAUUCAGGGAAAAGGAUUGCUUCUGGUCGAAACCGUGGAACAAAAGAAGAGCAUCUUAUACACACUACAAAAAAUGGCAUUGCUGUAUUGCCAUCUUAUCAUAGGGAUCAUAGGUCCUGCUUUUCACAACUGUCCACAAUGGGGCUUAUUUUUCCUAGUAGGUUAAUUGCAACCAUGGCAACCUCAGGGGGUACUGUUUCCCCAGAUGCUUCAAGCCCUGACUGUCAACCAACUCCACGUAUCAAAUUUAAGAGACUUGAUAAGACAGCAAAACACAUAAUGCAGAUUUUGGACAAGGAAGCAGUUGUGGAAGUAAAGACUCUAAGAGAGAUACCUGAUAUAAGGCCUGGCUAUAUUUUGCAGCUCAAAGUGGAGGUACCCGAAAAUAAGAGGCGUCUUUCAAUAGUCAAAGGAACAGUAAUAGCGAGGCGCAAUGCUGGUUUGAAUACUACAUUCAGAUUAAGGAGACUUGUUGCGGGUGUUGGUGUUGAAUCCCUCUAUCACCUAUACUCUCCAAAUAUAAAGGAAAUAAAGGUAUUGGACAAGCAUAAAGUGAGAAGGGCCAAGCUAUACUAUCUGAGGGACAGAAUGAAUGCAUUGAAGAAACGCUAGUGGGGCUAACAAGUUUAUUUUGUUACAAGCAACUCUUGGACUUCCUUUAUCGCACACAAGGUAAAAACCUGUCAUGUAAUUCUUUAUUAGAACACAUUGAGUAGAAAGCCACAUUGUUGGAGUAUUAAUUGACACUGUACUCUUUCAGCAUUCAUAGAUUCAGUAUUAUCUUUGUUUUAUCAUAUCAAGAGCCCUUUGUUCUUAUUUUUAUAGUAAUAAGAAUAUAUAAUGCCAUCUUCGAUUAUACUGGAUAUCGUCAUGGGCUUGGACAUCAAAUGUUAUGGUUUUGUGUGUUUAGGUUGGGUAAAUGUAUGGUAAAUGUGUGAUUUACAGUUGUCUGAGCUUGGUUCAA